AUGGUAGACAAAUAUGAGAAUGAGACUUUUAAAGAAAUAAAGUGUGACUGUGGCUUAUUAAAUACACAUUAUCAUUUAAACAAUAAAGAGGUACUAGAGAGAGCAUUAAUUCCAGGAAAGAUCUCUAAUGAAUUCAUGUUACACCCAGAAAUUAAGAACAAAGUAAUAACUAAUUAUCUUAGUGCCAAUGAAGGUAAACUUUAUACAUUUUCUAAUUCAAGGUUUGGAAUUAUUACAAGUGAAUCACUAGAAUGUUCAGUAGAGGUUGGUGAUGUGAUCAUUGGAAUAAAUGACUAUGUAAUUGAUGAUGAUCAAUUGAUUAAAAUUAAAGAAUUUCAGAAUCAUUUAUUUAAAUUUGGAUUUAAAUCUUCAUAUGAGUUUAGUGAGAACAGUUAUUUAAAAUAUUUAGUUGUAAUAGUAAAAAAUAAUUUGAUUGAUUUUGAUGAGAUCAAUAAUUUUUACAAAAAUAUCAGUGAAUGUUAUGUGAAUGAAUUAGGUGAUUAUGCUGUUACAAAUGGUGAAUGUGAAUUUAUAUUAGAUGAGUUAAAUUUAAAUGAAUAUUCAAACAGGCUUAUAAAGGAUGAAAAACAUGAUAAUUUAAAAGUUAAAGACUUUGUUAAAAGAAUGAUAACUAACAUUCCCAAUAUUGAUUUAAAAACUAAAAAAGAAUAUCUUAAAAUAAUUGUUGAACUACUAAAAUUUUCUCUUAAUAUUCAAAGAUUCUACAUAGCUUCUUUAUCAGAAUGUUUUUCUAAGAAAUUUAAUUUUAAUCUUGAUUUUAUUAAACAGACUAAAAUGUUUUGGGAAUUUAAUUUUGUAAGUCAAUCAAGAUCUACAGAUAUUUUCUUAGGUGAUAGAAUUAUUAAGUAUGUUUUUGUUGUGUUUUUAGUUCUUGAAGCAUGUGAAAAUAAUUAUGAUGUUGAUACUGAAGAUUACAAUUUUAGUGUAUUUAAGAAAAUUAUCAAGUCAGUUGAAAAAGUUCGGUGUUAUUAUGCUUCUAAUCAAGUAUCUUAUGAGUUAUGUGUAUGUAAUAAUCUUUAUGAAUAUAUAUUACCUAAUUUUUCAAUGAAUUCAUUUAAACUACCUAAUUUGGAAAGUAAACUGGAAAAUUUUACUUUAAUCGAAUCAAUUAAGGAAGUUCACUUAAAUUCAUUUAAAAAGGUAAAUGACAAUCUAAUAGAAACUUUAACAAGUAUUUUUUAUCAUCUUGGAGGUAUUCGGAAAGUGAUGGAAUUUUUUUACAAAAUUAGAUACUUUAAAUUAGACUAUUUAAAAUAUAAAGAUAAAUAUUCUUUACCUAGUAAUGUUAAAUUUAUCACCAAUGGAUUCCCAUUUAAGAAUUAUUUUAAGGAUGUUGAGUAUGUUAAUAUACUAAAAGAAAGUAGUAUUAGAAAAGUUGAAUCAAUAAUUGGGUAUACUUUUAAAAACAAGGGGUUGAUAGAAAAUGCUUUAGUUCAUACAAGUUAUUCAAACUUAGUAAAUAGUGAAAUAUUUGAGGUUUUAGAGUAUAUUGGAGAUUCAACAAUUGGAUUAGUUGUAUGUGAUAUUGAGUCUGAAUAUUCAAAAGACUUGUAUGUAUUAGAACCUAAUUAUGUUAAUAAUGAAAAUUUAGGAAAGUUAGUUAGAAAUACUGAAUUAUAUGAUUAUUAUUUAAUAGAAGAAAAUAUUGAUUUUAAAUCUAAACACUACGGAGAUGUAUGUGAAGCAAUAUUUGGUGCAAUAAUAACAGAUUUAGAUUUCAAUAUUUCUGAAUUCAUUAGAGUUAUUAAGCUUAAGAUUUAUUCAAAUUUUAAUUAA